CACACAUUAAAAAAAAAGUCAGGUCGAUAAUGUUCUUUUUGUACCACAGUGUUGUCAUGAAAUAACGUCGUCGCCACUCGAGACGGGUUUGUGUCUGGAUGUGUUGAUUUAAAAUUCAGUCUUCCUCAGUCACAGACGCGGACAGGGCUGAUAAUUGAUCUGAGUGUUUCCAAAAUGAGUAACGAAGCCCUCGUGCUCGGCUUAUGAUGCACAUAUAGAAACGUAAUAGCCAGUCUGUUAAAUGCACCGACUUUUAUUGACGUUAGCUGGAAGUUCUCAACUGUUAACUUCGAGCAUCGCCUCCGAGGUAAAAUUACGUUCAAACCGGAGCUUUGCUUUCUUGAAUAAGAAGGUGGCUAACGUUAACGCUUGCCUCCCGAAGCAUGUGUGUACUUCAGAAAACCACACAGGAUCAUUAAGAGUUUCCUGUGCUCACCUGGUCUAAAGCAAAAGUACCACACAGCAAACUAAUUCCAGAUAAAUUGGUUAUGAAUAGCGUUGAUGUAUAAAAACUAUAUAUAUGUGUGUGCAUGUAUUAUAUAAAACUGAAAAUAAAACCAUUUAUCAUUGGUUUGAAUGACUUGAAACCUACAGUUGGGACUUCCCCUUUAUCCACUCAUUUGUGGGUUUUUUGUUUUGUAGCCAUAUACUGAAAACUUGAUUUAAAGGUAACAGUUAAAAAUGUGUGAAAAGGGGGAGGGUCUUUGAUGCUACAGUAGACAGCUAUAGGUAUUGCUGGUGCCACAGCCUUGAUUAGCAUUUUGCAUGGGCCUUGAGCAUUUUGUCCUUGCUGAACCAGUUACUCCACUUCUCCACCAAUCAAAGCGCUAAGCAGUUCGAGCCUUCCCCAACAUAAGCAGUUCAGUAUACAAGCUGAAACCACUACACAGAGAAAAACCACAGUGUCUUUUGUCACUGAUGCCUGGAGAAAAGGAUAUGCUGGGAUUUGCUCCUAAUAAUCUGGACCGCUUGUAAAACAUUAGGAGAAAAUGCCGACUCAUUCAUUGCUGCCGUUUGUAAAUAGCCCAGAUGGACUCGCCCAAGAUUUUCUUAUUAGUAAAGAUGCAAGCAUCCCAGGGUUGGGCUCUAGCAUGACGCCACACACUACUUACCCAGAAAAGACUGAGUUGCAAAAUGAAGAAAGUGCACCGCUGUACUGUAUGUUCUGCGAGGAGACUUUCGCUCAUCAGGAUGAGCUUGGCCCCCACGUGUUAACACAGCACCCCACCACAUUCUCCGAGCCAACUGUGCUUCGGGUUGAAGCAGAAUUCAGGAUCCCAGGAGAGAGACACCGGGCCAAACAAAGCAGCCUUCCUGCCGAAAAAGACGAGGUUCACAGCUGUAUCCUGUGUGGUCACUUAUCCCAAGAUGGCAGCGAGCUUGAGGCCCACAUGAGAAAGCACAAGGACUACUUUACUUAUUGUUGCAAUUUUUGUGGGCGUCGGUUUAGAGAGCACUGGUUCCUCAAGAACCACAUGAAGAUGCAUGUAAAAGCAGGAGCAAAGAACAAGACCCAGCAAGACCCAGAGAGCCCAAUCACAAUUAAUGGUAUCAUCCAAGAGCCUCCAUCAGAGCCUGUAGGCACCGCAUACAAAAUGUGCAUGGUUUGUGGGUUUUUCUUCCCUGACCAUGAUAGUUUGGUUGAACACAGUAAAAUGCAUAAUCGAGAGGCACAGCCUGGAAAAGAUAAAAGCAAGGAUAAGAUGGGUGAUACUAAUGAACCCACUGCCAACCAGGAUUCAUUUCUUCAGUUCCUAAACCUUCAGCCUCGCCCCGCAGGAAAGGAUGUGGAACCUGUGAGAUCAUCAAAAUGGAUUCCCCAGCUAGAUCCUGUCAACACCUAUCAGGCCUGGCAGCUUGCUACGAAAGGCAAGAUCGCAGUUGGGCCUAAUAAUACAAAAGAUGUUGGCCAGGAAAACAGCACGGACAAUGACGAAUCUGGCUCUGACAAGGAUGAGUUGAAUAAUAUUUGGACUGAGGGCCAAGGAGACAAGGCUGUGAAAGAAGUUGGGAGAGAGCUCCGGUCUCAGCAACAGGCCCCUGUUAAAAGCCCAGACCCACAGCGAAGGUCUCCAGUUCAGAAAGAUAAGGACAAACAAAGGCCAACGACUUGUGAGGAAUGUCAAAGAAAUUUCAGGACCUACCACCAGCUGGUGCUCCACUCCAGGGUCCACAAGCGUGAGAGAGGAGGUGAAGAAAGUCCAACCUCUUCUGUUGAUGGCAAGCUUUCAAGAGCAGGCUCACUGGAAAAUACAGAGGAAGGGUCUGAGGAGGGCAUGGAGGAAAACUUGGGUUCAGGUGAAGAUGGAUUUGACCGAUCCAAUGGCAGAUCAAAAGACUGCAGUUACUGUGGCAAAACCUUCAGAUCCAGCUACUACCUCACCGUUCAUUUGAGGACUCACACAGGUGAGAAACCAUUUAAGUGUGCUUACUGCGAGUACGCUGCGGCCCAGAAAACUUCGCUGAAAUAUCACCUGGAUCGACGCCACAAGGAUAAGCCCUACGUCGAGAUCCCCAGCAGACCUGUGCCUUUAGUGCCCUCACCCAGUGAUGGAAAAAAUGAAAACAAUGCUGAAAAUCCUGUGCCAAAGAAAUCCUGUGUCCCUCCAGCCAGGCCGUGCAUCGAUGAAACACCAGAAAGCGGACUGGAUAGUGUCGAUGGCAAGCUUGGCAAGCCACUUGUCCAAGUAAAUGCUGUGCCUGCCUGCUCUCCGGAAGAUGAUGUGCUCGCCAAUUGCUCUGUGCCUGUUAACCUGAAGAAAAAAAGGGAGGAGGUUCAAGAAGAGAACUGUGAGGCCCCAUUAAAUCUGUCCAUAAAAGUCUCUGUCUCUACACCUGUCAGUGUUGAACCAAGAAAUGGUAUUGUUCCAAUUGCCUGCCCAUUUUGUGCUUAUAAAACCAUCUACCCAGAAGUUCUGAUUAUGCAUAAAAAGCUCUCUCACAAAGACAAGUCAAACAGCACCAAAAAGAAUGGGUUUGGAGGCAAUUUAAGUGAAAGUCGUCAUACGGGUUGCCCGCCUGCCCUCAAUGGGAAAGAUGUUUCCUCAGUUCUGAUCACUGAGAGGAUCUUCCCUCGCCGAACCAAAUCUCCACCUCCCCAACCUGCAAAACCUCAAGAAAAAAUACCUGUUAACCUACCGCACGUUCCUAAGCCAUCCCCUGUCCAUGCACCCAUAAAAGAUGUCCAGGAGACCCAGCGUUACAGGCAGAGCAUCGACUCACAUCCCAGUCAGGAAUCCUCCAGGUAUACAGAGCUAAUGAGAAAAAACAGCACAACCAACAAAUAUAUCAUGGACAGAGUGGGCAUCGGCGAUCGGAGCUACCCAGUACGAAGCGGUGUCCUUUGGCACACAGAUGCCGCCAGGCUCUGCCUAUCCAGCCGAUUUGGAAGCCUCCCCCAGAUGGACUUUGGCGAGCCAUCCAGCAAGCGAUUAAAGUUUUCUGUGCCUACAAACAGGGAUGCUGAGGUUGGCGAGAAGGCUGCUUUUAGAGGGCCACCAGCAGAUGGAUCUAACAGGAUGUUUACUAAAAGAACUGUGAAACCCACACAGCAAGGGUCAUGUCCACCCACAGCUUCUGAGGUUUCUGUUUUGGGUCCGGUAAAGAAUGCACCUACGACUAUUGGAGGCAGUUUGGAGUCUGAGUGGAGCAUGAUGAACCUUCUCCGCUCCUAUCCACCCCAUGACCUGGCAUCUCUCUAUCACACCAACCCAGCAAACCCCAGUCAUGUAGGACUAGUCAACCCAGGAGCAGGGGGCAGAAGUGUGCUGUUCCAACAUCUGCCCAGUCUACCCAGCCUGCAAAGAAGAGAUGUUUCAGGCCCAUUCCCCAGUCAACGCUGUGGGGCCACUGACAAAAGCGCCUAAAAUAAAAAGAAACAAAGAAAAGGUUAAAAACUUUCAUUUAAAAUAAACCUGACGAGAAUUUUUGAAAAUGACAUUGAACUUCAUAUAGUUGAAUCAAAUCAUUUUUUUGUCCUUCUCGAUGUAAACAGUGCUGCUGCCUUAUUUUGGAGAAUUUCUAGAAACGUUGUUUAAUGUACAUAUUUAGAAAGAGAGGUAGUUUAUGCUCACAGUGUGCUUAUCCUCUUAAUUUAAUGUUUCUUUUUCAACAGAAAAACAUUUGUGUUAUAUGGACAUUUCAGGGCUACAGUUUCAGCAGAAGUUCUUUUUUUGAAUGCGAAGAUGCAGAUAACCUUUGGGGUUUUUUUUGUAUAUAGUCCACUGGUGUGCACUGUAAUAUUUCUUUUUGAGACUGUUGAUAAAUCUGUACAUGACCCACACUAAUAUUCCAGAGUCUGUCUUAGCUGUAAAAGUUGUGUGUGUGUGGGAUGGCAAAAUCUCUCUACAUAAACUGUGUUAAGCUAAAACCUAAGAAAAACCUGUGUGGGGGAAAAAAAUGCUGCUCUGUGUAAUUGCUGCACUGCACUGGAUGGUGGGGAGUUUCUGUCGGAUAACUUGAUGGCUUCGGCCCAGUUGUUUACAAACAGGCCACAGCAGCGAGCUCUGCUGUGUGUUUCAAGUUCUACCUCAAGUUGUGCUCUGAAGGCUUAUUUUUGUAAAGCCUUUGAAGCUAUCAUGUUAGCUGAGCCUAUAUACCUACUUCGACCAGAGACUGGUGUUUUGAGUUGUAGUAAUAGUAGUAGUACAUGGACAAGUGACCCGUGACGUUUGACAUCUAUAAAACACCACAGGAAGCUCAAGCUCAUUUGGUGACACUGGACUACUACUGCUGCUACUGUUUUUUUUUUACCUAUACCACAAUUUGGGCUGUACAUUAAUUUUGAUGAACCCGCUAUCUACAAGUAUUGUUAUUUUCCUUCUUGAAAAGCAAAAAGGUGCUUAAGUGGUGCCUCACAUCCGUCAGCUGUAAAAUGUACCAGAUUGUGUGUAAUUGUCUGGGUUUGUGUGAAAUAGUCAUUCAGUGUUAUUUGGUUACUGCACAUUUAGCCGCUCGCAUGUUCGGGAGUUUGCUUUUGCUAUGCAAAGUCUUGAAAGUGUUUCUUUUGUCAAGGGGCAGCAGUCACUGCCAACUGGAUGUCAAGGAGCGUUUAAGGUGUCGUGAUUGUGCAGUUUUAGGGGAGACAAAAAAUGCAAAAGCAGCGAUGUUGAUUGCUCCAAUUAACUUAAUGCUAAAGAGGGAAGAAAGACUCAGGUUAAUUCAAUUUUACAUGCUGGGUAGUGUUUGGUAUAAUUUUGAAAAACCUUUUUUAAAUUAUUUCUUUUUUUUGUUUGGUGUUCACAUUAUUGGUGUGUUUAUAUAUUGUUAAGUAUUGUUUUGAAAUUUUUGAUGGCACGUUUCAACAAUAAAGUGAGAGGCGAAGAAC